AACCGGAAAGGGAGCGGAGGAAUUACGGCGACCAAGACAAGCUGAGAAGAUGGCGUUGGGAGAUGCGUGGAAACAAAUAUCUUGGUUUUAUUACCAGUAUCUUCUUGUCACUGCACUUUAUAUGUUGGAGCCCUGGGAGCGAACUGUCUUCAAUUCUCUCCUGAUAUCUGUAGCAGCCAUGGCUGUAUACACUGGCUUUGUGUUUAUGCCACAGCACAUCAUGGCCAUUUUACACUACUUUGAAGUGAUCCAGUGACCAGCGCUCUAACUCUCCAGACUAUCCCAUGGUGGUUUGAAACAGGAGUUCUCCUUAAAGGCCUUUUCACUUUGCCAUUGACUACUGGAAUCAUAAAGCAUUUGGUGAACUGAAACUGGGGGAAUCUAAUGACAAGCGGGGAGAGGAAUCGUAUGAACCACACCAUUGUUGUCAGUGGCUGUGGGCCCUGUAUAAGUGCACAGGCUCUAAGACUCUAAGCACAUACUGCCCUGUUAGUAAAUGGUGCCCUCAUAGUCCACUUUUCAUUGUAUAUAUAAUGCUGUAGAUUUUAUAACUUUAUUUGCUUUGAGGGCGGUUAUUUAUUAAGACUGCUUAAUAAUUUGUCUUCAUAAAUGUGUAUAUUUUAGUGUAUACAUAUUUGUAACUGUUUUAUACAGAGUUCUUUUUUUGAAUGUUAAUUAAAAAUGGUUUUGUUUGCUGAAGAGUGGACCAUUGCAUAUCUUGUACAAAGCUUUUUUUCUUUUCUUUUUUUUCUUUCUUUGAUUACUUGUUGUGUGAUUUAAUGCAGAGUUCUUCCUGUACAGUAAAUUAAUUCAGGCUGCCUUUUUAAAACUAAACUGGUUGUUAAAUCUGUUAAACUUAUUUAGUAAAAUAUUCUUUAUUCUGAA